AUGAGUAGCGACGGGAGAAGACGAAAGCCUGGAAACACCGUCCCCAAGAGCCAGGCCGGCGCAAAGCGGUUCCAGGUCCCACGCGCCUGUGAGCGCUGCAAGUCCCUCCGCCGAGGAUGCGAAGAACGCCGCCCCUGCAGCCGCUGCGUGCGAGCCGGCGCAGCAGACGACUGCGUUGGCCCGUCGCGUCCAUCAUGGACCUGGACCCCGUCGUCGCCCUCGGGAGAAUGGGCGCAGGUGGCCGACGUCGCGGGGAGCCCAGCCGUGACCGAGUGCGCAGCGCUCUUCUUUGAGCACUGCUUCCCGACGAUACCAAUCGUGACGCCCGAGUACAUCAGCCGCCUGCAGCGGCAUGUCGCUGCGCAUGACGGGGCGGUGGAAGCGUCGGUCCUGCUAGUCGCCCUCUGUGCCUACGUUGUGCUUCACGUCGAUGAGCCGCCGAGCACACACGCGACUGUCCAGACACAGCCAGACGUUGCUGUUCCUCCGCCAGGCCACGGCCUUGUGGCAUCUGGCCAAGGACCGCCAGCCCGCGGGGACGGAGCAGACGGAGCAGACGUCGCUGUUUGGCAGGCUGUUUUGGGUCCUCUUGGCCUCGGAACGAUCCCACGCCAUCCGCUACGGACGCUCCAUCACGCUGCACAUGACGCCGGACACGCCGGAUCUGGACGCUCACAGGGACACAGGGACUCGUUCCCGGGACUAUGGAGCCUGGCGGUGCUGUUCCGGCCCAUUGACUCUGCCUUUAUGGCCGUCAUGAAUCGCGAGGCGGCUUCUUGGUCGCCCUCUCCCGAGAUACUGGAUGCUGCCGAGCGGUCCAUCAACACCGCGAUUCCCGCUCGGUUUCCCUUGCAGGACAUGCAAAAGGCCAAUCUGCGAAUCACGCAACUCUGGCUGCGCAUCGUCAUCUGGCAACUCCGCCUUCGCCUGGGUUACCUCACCGACAUGUCGCACCAACGCAGCCUAACGUACCAGUAUCCGCUGGAUGUGGCGAGAGAACUUGUCCUCUCAACGCGCGACCUUCCCGCGCGCGCCAUGACCGUCCAUGGCGUCGGCUUGACGGAGAAGUUGUUUGAUAUUGCGUCGGCCGUGGUGGACGUCAUGGCACAGGCUCCGAGGCAGCGGCACACAGAGGUGGAAGGGCCGCCGGAGGAUGAUUUGGGCUACAUACGCGGCUUGGUGGUGCAGCUGCCCGGCGGAAAGGACGUCUAUGACGGCUUGUUGGCGAGACACGUUGAGCAGGCUUUACACAGUCCAUUGCAGAACCAGGCGGUGCCAAGUCGGCGAGUUGACGAGUCACCAAUAUGA